CAACAACAAGUUGUCAACCGCCAUUAAAACAAAAGAAGAAGAAGAAGAUUGGCGGUUGGUCUUGGCGCCAAUUCGUAAUUUCGCUGGGGUGAGAGAAGUGCGUUGGUCACAGCUGCUGCACCUGUUGGCUUUUGCCCCUGCCACGCCGAAGAGGAUGGAGAAAAACAAAGUGCUGGCAAAAAAGAGGUUACGGGUUCCCACUCAGAAAAUGAAGGACCUGAACUCCCCUCCCCUAAAUGAGAAAUCUGGGUGUGUUGCAUUUGUCAGAUGGGAGGAUGGUUAUACCGGCAAAAUCUUUAAAGGAUCUGACAUUUUGGCAAGAGAUGAGGCUCCUGUGCAGCUGCAAGAUCUUAGAUCAGGAGACCUUGUUUUAGCAAAGUGGUCAGAUGGUAAAUUUUAUAAGGCCACUAUUGAAUAUGUUUCAGGGGAAGAUCAGGCUAAGCUGCCAAAAGGCCACCCAACUCCACAGGAGUCCUUUUUAAAUAUGUUAAAAGGCGAUGAGCCAUCAGACAUAACGUCAGGGUCUGACACCAUUAUAAUAGAUAGGAGCCCACUGUCUGAGCAUGGCGAGAAAAUCCCAUCGCUGAAUCCAUCACCUGACGGGGGACAUGCAACAGGCCGCAACACAGCUGGACCACCACCCUAUGGCUCUGCCAAAGGGGGGACCAUUGGUCCAUCACUCUACAGAGGCAAUACACCCAGCCCAUCACCAUACAGCCUCAACACCUCUGGUCCAUCACCCGGUGGAGGCCAUACACCCAGCCCAUCACCGUACAGCCUCAACACAUCUGGUCCAUCACCUGGUGGAGGCCAUGCAGCCAGCCCAUCAGCGUACAGCCUUAACACCAUUGGUCCAUCACCCUACAGAGGCCACACACCCAGCCCAUCACCAUACAGCCUCAACACCUCUGGUCCAUCACCUGGUGGAGGCCACACACCCAGUCCAUCACUGUAUGACCUUAACACCUCUGGUCCAUCACCUGGCGGAGGCCAUACACCCAGUCCAUCACUGUAUGACCUCAACACCUCUGGUCCAUCACCUGGUGGAGGCCAUACACCCAGCCCAUCACCGUACAGCCUCAACACCUCUGGUCCAUCACCUGGCGGAGGCCAUACACCCAGUCCAUCACUGUAUGACCUCAACACCUCUGCUCCAUCACCUGGUGGAGGCCAUACACCCAGCCCAUCACCGUACAGCCUCAACACCUCUGGUCCAUCACCUGGUGGAGGCCAUACACCCAGCCCAUCACUGUACAGCCUCAACACCUCUGGUCCAUCACCUGGUGGAGGCCAUACACCCAGCCCAUCACCGUACAGCCUCAACACCUCUGGUCCAUCACCUGGCAGAGGCCAUGCAGCCCGCCCGCAAGAAAAUGCAUGGACACCAUGUCAGGAUUGUAAGGGGGAAUUUGAAAGAAUCCUACAGGAAAAGAGAAGGAUCGAUGAAGUCAUCUCGAGAAUAGAUCCAGGCCAGGUCAGAGAGCUUCAGACUCUCUGCGACUUAAUUGGAGAGAGGCAUUGUGGCAGCCCAGCUUCACCAUCAGGCCAGCAGGAGCUGUUUCCUGGGAGCGGCAUAUUCAUCUCAUCAUUCCGCCUGGCUGCCAUGAAUCACGCAUCAAAACCAAAUUGCAUGCGUCUGUUUCAUGCACUUUUUGAUCAUUUCUUCACUGUUGAGGAGUGUCAAAAUGCAGUGCCCUUUGGUCGUCCUGGCAACAACCCCUCAGGAAAGCAAGGAAAGCAGGUCCUUGACCGUAAAAAAGUUGACGGAAUCCUAACUUAUGUCCUGAGAUGUGCAACUCUACCGGACUGGGAACCAAUUGAGGAGGCCAAGCUCAAGAAAGCCUUUGUGAACAAAUGUAGGGCCAGAGCAGGCUCCAAGGAGUAGGCCACUGAUAUAGCCUGUCCUAUGUGGACCGCUAUCUCUCUCUCUCUCCCCCCUCUUUUAUUUGUCUUAUUCAUUUUCAUGGUAAUAUGUUAAAGGAAUAGUCUAUACUUUUUCCGUAUUAAACUAUGUUAUUACCUUAACUAAGAAGAGUUGAUACAUACCUCUAUCAUCUUAGUGCGUGCACGUAAGCGCUGUGGCGCGUGGCAACACUUUGAUAGCAUUUAGCUUA